AUGGUUACCUCUAUGGCACAAUUCGAUGAGUUCACCGUCAUCAAGAAGCUGCAUGACCUUGCUGUGGCCAUCAGGGCUAGUCCGCAGCGAAAGGAAAGAUAUGAUAAUGACUACAUUUUCCGCUAUGUUGGGGACCAUAUUAAGUUACCCAAACAACACAAUCCAACCAGAUGGGACGGUGUCUACCUUGUGUUGUCCCGUGCCAUUACGAUACGACCAACAUUGGAGAAGAUUCUUGCUCAGAGGGACUACUCGGAGUACACCCUACAGAGAAGGGACUGGACUAUGGUAGAGACCCUGGUCAGAGUGCUCCAGCCAUUCAGAGAGGUCACCUUGGAGGUUCAGAGGGCCCAUUCAAACAUCUCUAUCACCUACCCAAUGUAUGAACUGCUGUUCAAUCACUUGGAGUCAGAGAUGAAGGGAUCCGAUUGCCUCACCCAAGUGUGCACUGCUGGAUACAACAAGUUAAAGGAGUACUACGUACGCACUGACACAGGUUCAAUGUAUUAUAUUAGUACUAUCAUCAACCCUUGCUACAAGAUGGAGUUCUUUAAAAGCUUUGGCAAGUUCAAGAAGGUUGCCAGGGAAGCAAUCGAGUCAGAGUACGAGAUCUACCAGUCAAAGUACCAAAGCAUUGAGGCACGCCAUCCUGAUGAGCAGGAUUGCCCUGACACCAUCUGGAAGAGGAUAAUGAAGCCCAAGAAGGUGUGUAUCAUCAAUCACUCAAUCACUCAA